AACAGGAUUAACUUAAUAAAUUUAGUCGAACGCAAAUAUCAAAAUGCAAACUUUUAUAAUUCUUGCAAUUUUUGUUGUAGCAACUUACACAGCCCAAAUUUACGAAGAUGAAUUGGGUAACAAAUUUUAUCUUAUACCAUACAGACAAAAACGACAAACUACCGUUGAUGUCUCGAAACAGUCAAACGAUGGUGUACGGGUGACUUUAGGGCACGAAGGCACUAUUGACCUUAGCAACAGUAACAGUCAAAUAACAGUAGGAGGUUUUGCUUCAAAACAAUUCGACCCUAGCAGUCCGACUACUCUGGGAGGCACCAUUGGGUAUAAAAAUCCAGAUACAGGUACCUCUAUUGGCUCUACAGUAGCAAAAACCCCCAUUCACGGCACAGACGUGUCAGUUCAAUUUGGUAAAACCCUUUUUGAUCAAGGUGGUGCAACUCUUAAGGCAUCCGUAGGUGCUCAGCAGCAUAUAGGGGGUUUACAAGGAACCCAACAUGCAGAACCCAGUGCAAAUUUGGAGUUUCAAUACGUGCCAAGUGUACAUAACAUACCUGAUUAUAUUUGUAAGAUAUCCGCGGAUUCUGAGUCAUUAUCAACAUAUACAGCUCAAAUUUACGAGGAUGAAUUGGGUAACAAAUUUUAUCUUAUACCAUACAGACAAAAAAGGCAAACUACCGUCGAUGUUUCCAAACAGUCAAACGAUGGUGUACGAGUGACUUUAGGGCACGAAGGCACUAUUGACCUUAGCAACAGUAACAGUCAAAUAACAGUAAAAGGUUUUGCUUCAAAGCAAUUCGACCCUAGCAGUUCGACUACUCUGGGAGGCACCAUUGGGUUUAAAAACCCAGAUACAGGUACCUCUGUUUCCUCUACAGUAGCAAAAACUCCCAUUCAAGGCACAGACGUGUCAGUUCAAUUUGGUAAAACACUUUUUAAUCAAGGUGGUGCAACUCUUAAGGCAUCCGUAGGUGCUCAGCAACAUAUAGGGGGUUUACAAGGAACCCAACAUGCAGAACCUAGUGCAAAUUUGCAGUUCCACUACUUGCCCAGUGGACAAAGCAUAACUCAGUUUAUGUGUAGAUGGACCGGAAGAUCUGAGGCAUACUCAACUCACACAGCCCAAAUUUAUCAAGAUGAAUUUGGUAACAAAUUUUAUCCUAUACCAUACAGACAAAAAAGACAAACUAAAGUUGAUGUCUCGAAACAGUCAAACGAUGGUGUCCGGGUGACUUUAGGGCAUGAAGGCACUAUUGACCUUAGCAACAGUAACAGUCAAAUAACAGUAGAAGGUUUUGCUUCAAAACAAUUCGACCCUAGCGGUCCGACUACUCUGGGAGGCACCUUUGGGUAUAAAAACCCAGAUACAGGUACCUCUCUUUCAUCUACAAUAGCAAAAACCCCUGUUCAAGGCACAGACGUGUCAGUUCAAUUUGGUAAAACCCUUUUUGAUCAAGGUGGUGCAACUCUCAAGGCCUCCUUAGGUGCUCAGCAACACUUAGGUGGUUUACAGGGAACCCAACAUGUAGAGCCCAGUGCGAAUUUGGAGUUUCAAUACUUGCCAAACGGCGUAAAUAGCAUAAAUCAAGAUGUGACAUAUGGAGUGCAAGGUGAAGGCACCAAGGCGACAGGUUUCAGCGUGGGCCAUGCAGGAGAGUCCAGAUUAAAUGGAGGACACAGUAUAACAGGGGAGGGUUUCGUCGGCAAAACCAUAUCAGGACCCACUUCAGUGGGAGGAAAUGUCGGCUACACCCACAACCCGUCAGGUGUAUCGGUUAAUGCCCAAGCAGUUAAAACUCCCAGUUUCGGCACCAAUGUGCAAGUAGGUGUCAACAAGAACAUAAUCAAUCAGGGCGGUGUGGAGUUGAACGCUUUUGCAGGCGGAAGCCAGAAUUUUGGAGGGCCGUGGGGUAACACUAAACCAGAAGGACAUGUUGGAGUAAACUUCCAGUACAGACCACCACCACCACCUGCACCGGCCCCAAGAAAAAAUUGUAGAAUUUUUGCAGGUUAUCACCGUUGUGACUAA